AUGCGAAAAGACAUCGCCGUGUGGUUAAAGAACUGGUGGCACCGCUUGCCAGCAAGCCCGUUAGCCCUUCGCCAGCUGACUGAGUUCUGGGAAGCUUUCUACGCCUGUGCACCGGAUGCAAAAAUGCCGAAGGGCAGCGAAUUGACCAAAUGCAACGUUGUUCCCUGCGCAUCCCCUGCCCAAUCUCCCUGCAGCCGACUUCGAAACAUUCAGAGUAUCCUGACGCAGAGCAGCAAAUCUCAGCCUGAUGGAAUCCUUUGCUUUUUAGGAAUAGAUAGUCGAUACAAUGAAGGUUGCAGGGAACUGGCAAACUAUCUGCUUUUUGGCUUGUAUAACCAGAACAACAAUGACUUUGAAAGAACUGGGUUUGCUGAAGAAGUUCUUGACGAUAUAAUCAUAUUAGUAAAACCUGACAGUGUCCAUCUGUACUGUAACCCUGUGAAUUAUAAUCAUCUUUUGCCGUAUGUGGCAUACUGGAGGAACUUGCAUUUUCACUGUCUAACUGAAAAUGAGUAUGAAGAUGAAGAAGCUGCAGAGGAAUUCAAAAUUUCCAGCUUUGUAGACAUGGUUCGAGAUUGCAGUCGCAUUGGUAUUCCAUACAGCUGCCAAGGUCAUCUACAGAUAUUUGAUAUGUUCAUUGUUGAAAAGUGGCCAAUAGUGCAGGCUUUUGCACUGGAAGGAAUUGGGGGCGAUGGCUUCUUUACAAUGAAAUAUGAAUUAAUGGAUGUCAGUGUUGAUUUGUGGAAGACGUACAGCAAAAUGGAUCCCGUGUCCUUGGAGGACUUGCUGUUUGAGGAUUUAAUGAUUUUUGAACACCAGUGGACUAACUUUUUUGCUAAUUUUGAUACUGAAAUUCCCUUCAUUCUGGAACUAUCAGAAUCUCAGGCGGGGGAGCCUUUCAGAAGUUAUUUCAGUCAUGGAAUGAUCUCAAGCCAUAUAACAGAUAACAGCCCUAGCCGGCAGCCCUUUGUUCUGUUUGGUAGCCACUCAACUAAGGAAAACUUGAACUCUGGUAACUUUAAUUUUCCAUCAGAAGGACAUCUAGUUCGAAACACUGGCCUUGGUGGAAGCGCUGCUAAGCAUAUGGUAGUGCAGUGUGUAUCUCCAAAGGGACCUCUGGCUUGUUCAAGGACCUAUUUUUUUGGAACUACUCACAUUCCUUUCCUGGGAAAUGACAAUGAGAUGCACAAGCAAGCUGAACAAGUUACGCUGUUGUCGCAAAUAUAUACUGCUGUUGUAGAGGCUGUGCUUGCUGGCAUUGAGUGCUAUGCUAAAACUUCCACUGAAUCCAAGGCAAAGGAGGUAGCAGAGCAGAUGCUCAUGUCUGUGCUAGAUACCCUGCAUUUAACACAACUUAAAACUGCAUUGCGCUCCAAAGUCGCUUUUCAAAUUCAGGCUGUGAAUAAUCAUGGAAGAAUUACUCCAUUAGACAAUGAGGAUAGCCUGAGUUUGAUUAAAACGGCAUCUAUGAUGGUAUUUGACAUUCCAGACUUGCUCACAGGAAGAGGAUGCUUGGGAUCUGUUGUCUUUUCUGAGUCCUUUCUAACAUCACAGAUACAAGUAAAAGAAAAAGAUGGCAGCAUUAAUUCAGAAACCAGCCACAUAAUACUGACUGCAGCUAUCCCAAGAUACGCUUCUUGGCUGGUUGAAGACAGUGAUGUGAAACUGUCUGAAAAGGCACAGCAUAUAUUGAAGGAAGACAAAUCUUUUCUGGGCACUUUACUCACUGGAGGCGAUGGAGCAUAUAUUUGUUCUAGCAAUCCACACGCCAUGCCUGCAGAAGGCAAAGUGUACUUCUUCUCAGAUGGCAUUCUCUUUUCCGAUCCGCACCACGGCAGCAUUUCCAUUUCAAAGAACCAUAUGAGUUCCAUUUCCCUCUAUGAUGGGGAUUCAACCAGUGUUGUUGCUGCUCUCUUCAUAGAUGUCAAAAGUUCCUUGCUUGCUCAUCUACCAAUUGAAUUCCAUACCGGAGACAACUUCUUGAUGAUUGCACUUUUCCCCAAAACAAAGAUUUAUAAAGCUUUUUAUUCACAGGUUUUCUCUUCGUGGCAAAACCAGACCAACUCAGGAUUAUCUUUAAGGCUUGUCCAGGAGGAAUUCCUGUCUGUGGAACAAAAGAGACUGCAUUCCAGUGUUCAGAAGCUAUUUAAUGCCUUGUCUUUUCCUGCUGGGGAAAGAUGCAGGGAGCUGAAGAUAUCUGCUGCUCUGCCAGAAUUAGAGAGGUUUGCGCAACAUUUUACUGUCAGCAGCAUCAGUCACGAGCCAGUAAUGAGAGCACAUCUUCCAAUUUUAUUGCAACAGUCAGAAGUCAUUGCUGAUAGUAAAGGAAAAAGUGACAAGGUGGUUAUCACCAUUAUAAGUGGUCUUCCAGGAUGUCGCUGCAGCGAUCUGUGCGCUUUUCUUGUAACUUUUAACAAGGAGCAUGGAAGGUGGAUAGUUUAUCGGCAAACUCUGGAUAGUCCAGAAUGUUUCAGUGCAGCCCACUUCCAGCGUUACCUCUCCAGCGUCCUGGAGGCUCAGCAAAACCACAGUGUCCGUCAGUCCACUUAUGCUAAAAAGAACAAGCGUCUCUUAGUGGUCUUGCAAGGAUACACGGAUGUUAUUGAUGUUGUGCAGGCUCUGCAGACUCAUCCUGACCCAGAUGUGAAGUCGUCUUUCAUCAUUGGAGCAGUUAAUACUUGUGUAGAGCCGCUGAGUUGCUACAUGGAACACAGGCUUCUUUUUCCCAAGUUCUUGGACCAGUGUUCACAAGGGCUAGUGAGUAACGUGGUUUUCACCAGUCAUGCUACGGAGCAGAAGCAUCCACUCCUGAUGCAACUGCAGAGCCUUAUCCGGGCGGCAAAUCCUGCUGUUUCAUUCAUCCUGGCAGAAAAUGGAGUUGUAACUAGGAAUGAGGAUAUUGAAUUAAUUCUCUCAGAAAGCAGUUUUUCAAAUCCUCAGAUGAUGAGAGCUCGAUAUUUAAUGUAUCCUGGCUGGUAUGAAGGCAAAUACGGAGCUGGGUCUGUCUUCCCUCCAAUGGUGCAGAUCUGUGUAUGGUUUAAUCGUCCUCUAGAAAAAACACGAUUUGUGACCAAAUGUAAAGGGAUUAAGUCAUUGCUCAAGCCAAGUCCUUUUUCGGGAAACAUUUAUCACAUCAUGGGCAAAGUUAAGUUUUCAGAUUCUGAUAAAGUGAUUGAAGUCUGUCACAACACAUCAUCUAAUUCACUAAGCCUUGUGCCUGUUCAGGAGGGGCCGACUCCUCCUGAUUCCAGAAGCGAUAACAGAGAUUGCAGCAGUCAACAGGAGUGCUUCCUUGUGUUCAUUGGCUGCUCUCUCAAGGAAGAGGAGAUAAAAGACUGGCUCAGAGAAACUGCCAGACAGAAACCUCAGAGGAAAGCCCUGAAAACCAGAGGAAUGCUAACUCUUCAGGAAAUAAAAAACAUUCACGUGAAACGCCACUUGGAUCCACUUCCAGCUGGUUAUUUUUACAACGGGACUCAAUUUGUGAAUUUUUUUGGUGACAAAAUGGAUUACCAUCCAUUAAUGGACCAAUUCAUGAACGAUUACUUGGAAGAAGCCAACAGGGAAAUAGAGAAGUACAACAGAGAACUAGAAGAACAAGAGUACCAUGAUCUCUUCGAGCAGAAGACAUAAGCACGUGCGUUCUGUGCGUUUCUGAAACACCUACUGUCAGUAACCAAAAAUGCUGUUGUCCUUGCUGGUUAACUAGAAAAUUAAGUGAAAUGUCAGUUUUCAGCACUCCUUUUAAAACAUACAAUAUCAUUCCUGUAAGGUUGGCAUUUUAACAUGGUAACUGCUUAGCUGUUUGUACUGUCAGGUUUGCUUCCACUUCACCUUAAUUCCAGACUGUAAAAAGCAUCACCUGGAAUCUCUGGCUAGUAGUGGAAA